UGGCUGGGGGGAUCCUCCAGGUAAGAGGCUGCUUUAGGCCUGGGAGCUCUGGGCCUGGCCAGGAGCUAUCGCCGAGGGCGGCGUGAUACACCCAGGGCCGAGCAGGCCUCUCGUCGCCCCCAUGGAUUUCUUCUGCCGGAAGCGCGCGCGGUCAGACUCGCCGCCCAGGGCCACGGCGCCAGUGAAGAGACACGGCUCCUGCCCGGUGACCCAGAGACCCCAGCCGGCCAGGCCGGAGAGCCGCCCCGAGCUCUGCCCCUUCCUGGCCGGUCUCUUCCGCCCCAGGAGCGCCAAGGCCGGCCUUCCCGCAGCCCGCCGGGGCAGCUCCCGGGAGCCAGGCUCGACGGCGGCGGAGAGGGUCCCGCUUCUGGCCGACAGCUCCAAAGGGGCUGACCCGCCAGGCAGCGCUGUCCCUUCCCCCCUCCGCUGCCAGCCCUCUCCUCCCACAGCCGAGCUGGCGGCCCUCGAGAGCAUGGGCCCAGAGGAGCCGGUGGAGGAGCCCCUUAGCGCUGCAGGGCCAACGGGUGCCGCUGGCCUGCUGGAAAUGGAGACAAAGCAGCCCACCCCGGUCCCCGGGAGGAAGGUCCUGCAUGGCUCCCUGCAAGAUCUCUCCAAAGCCACAGCUACGCAGAUGCCAAGUCCGGAGCGCAGACUGUUCCGCCGACCGCUGGGGAAAGGAGCCAAGGACACGGACAAGUGGAAGAGGGAAUCUAAAUACGUGCAAACACAGCCUCUCUACCAAGACUACUGGCUGAAGCGCCUCAAGGCGGCGGAGCGCAAGCCCAAGGAGCCGUCCUUCCGGGUGGACGCCAGCCUGUCCAUCGCUGGCCUCCUCUCCUCCUCCCUGCUCGGCGCCGCCUCGCAGAUCUCGUCCCGCGACUACAGCUUCUGCUUCUGGCAGGAGAUCCCAGAGGUGAAGAGCCGGCGGCUCCUGGAGAGUCUCUCGCCCCGGCAGCACCGCCUGCAGGAGGCCAUGUUUGAGAUGAUCACGUCGGAGGCCUCCUACCUGCGCAGCCUCUCGGUGGCCACGAGCCACUUCAAGGGAUCGCUGGUGCUGCGGGAGACGCUGACCAGGGCCGAGGUGCACCGGCUCUUCUCCAACCUGCAGCAGGUGAAGGACGUCAGCGAAAGGUUUCUCCUGGAGCUCGAGGAGCACAUGGACAAGGAUGUCUUCCUGGCGGGGCUGGGGGCCGUGGUCCUGAAGCACUGCCCUGCCUUCCACAGGGUCUACAUUCCCUACGUCACCAACCAGAUGUACCAGGAACAGCUCAUGCAGCAGCUGAUGCGGGAGAACUGGCGCUUCCGGCAGGUCCUCAGGAAGCUGGAGGAGCAGCCGGUGUGCCAGCGGCAGCCCCUGAAAUCCUUCCUGGUGCUGCCCUUCCAGAGGAUCACCCGCCUGAAGAUCCUGCUGGAGAACAUCCUGAAGCUGGCCCCGGCGGGCUCUGAGCUGGCCAGCUCCAUCAGCGCGGCCCUGACGGCCGUGGGAGAGAUCGUGUGGGCCUGCAACGAGAACGUGCGGCACAUGAAGCAGACCGAGGAGCUGGUGCUGCUGGAGAAGCAAGUCGAGUUCGUAAAGACGAAGUCCAUCCCGCUCAUCAGCCGGGGCCGCUGGCUGGUCAGGGCGGGGGAGUUCUCCCAGGUCCUCAUCCAGGAGGUGGGCGUGGGGUACAGACCCCGCCUGAGCACCAAGCCCAUCCACCUGCACCUCCUCAGCGACCUGCUGCUUUUGUCCCGCCGGAGGGACGACGGCAGGUUUUCCGUCAAGGAUUACGCCCAGACCUGCCACGUGAGAGCGGAGCUCCUCCGAGCCAAGCCGCUGGGGCUCCCCGACACGGCCUUCCUCCUGUGCCUCUCCCGCAACCACCGCGGGGCCAGCGCCGAAUUCAUCAUCAAAGCAGCCAGCGAGGCCCAGAGGCAGGAGUGGAUCUCGCUGAUAACCAGCCAGGCGUCCCCUCGGCCUGCGCCUGUGAUCAAAGCCCUGAGAGAGGCCUGCGCUGGUCUCUGACUCGCCAGGGCCCAGGCCAGCUGGACUCUAUGCUUGGCCUUUCCUCGCCCGCCCCUGGCUGCUCUCCCAGAGGACGACCUCCCGCGAGCUGCCCAAGGGGGUCUGCAGCCCCUCGCCUCUUUGGGGCCCUGUGCGGGGCCAGCGGUUCUUCCCAGGCCUGGGAGCUCGGCUUGGGGACCUUCGGCGCAGGCUGCGCCGGAUUCAGCGGUGGGGAGGGGCGGUGCACGGCCUGGCAAGCGGCUCCCUAUGAAAGCCACACGCUCCCAGAAGCAAGGCAGGUCCAGGGGCGGGAGCCGAUCUCUGUGUGCUGGGGUGUUUCUGGGGGGAUCUGCCCAAAUGGGGUCCCCCCGCCAGGCCCCAGUGAGGGGGGUACAGAUUCCUGGGGGUAUAUCCAAGGGGCGCCGAGCCUUGACGUGCGUCAGGCCAUAGAGUGAUCUGGGGGGGCGAGACCCUUUGCCAAGAAACCCUUUGGAAAACAGGCCGGGAUCUGAGCCAGAAGCCUGGCUCUGGCCCUCGACCUGUGGGGGAGCCAGUGGGAACCACUAGGUGGUAGCAGGUACUAAGUGCUCGUGUCUGUCAAGCGAGUUCCCGGCUUCUCCGUGAAAUCUCCGGCUCUUUGAGCUGACUGUAACAGCCCGGAGAAGCCCAAAGCUCCCCAAAUGGCCCAGCAAAGGGGAGGAUGCUGCCCACUCACCCUUUGGGGGGAGGGGUGUCCCCUACAUGUGCCCAGUGCAGAGGACGUGAUCCUGCGGAGGGCGCUCUGCGGGAGCUGGUCUCUCCAUUGCUAUAGCUGCCUGGCAGGAUAUUUGAGCCUUGGUCGCUGAACGUCCUCUUGCCCAUUGGUUUAUUUUUUUGCAAACGGAGCUUGCAGGUUCCCCCCGACUCAGGCUCAUCUGGAAUUUCGUGUGUGUGGGGGUGAUUCCCACGGAGGCCGUGCAGGCUGGACCAAGCGGUGUCUUGGGUCCAGGUCUGUAUGGGGCCAUGGCGUGGGUUGGUGCUAUUGGCACUAACCCCAGAGGCAGCUAUGGGAAUAGGCCUGGCCCGGCCAUGUUCCCGGCCUGCAUUGAUCCAGGACUGGGGGCCUCUGGAGCAGGCCCACCCCAGGGUGCUCACUCCUGGUGCGUGGGUCCAGCUGUUUGCACUUCGGGGUGGUUGAGGGGGGAUUUUCAUUAGCUGUGGUUCUAAAUGCGGCUCUGGGGGCCUCCUUCCUCCCGGGAGGAGCAGUUGAGGGUACGAGCCCCCCUGUCUGAUGUCUCCUGCCCGGCCUGGGAAGUGCUGGCUUUAGCGGGGGCUGGCUCUCGGAGCUGCUCUCCCCCCAGCUGUGCCAGGGGUCAGGGCCCCUCAGCCCCUGCGGGGCGGGAAGCGAGAGGUGUCCGGCUGCUUCUCCCCACCAGCUGGGCAAUUAGCAGCCCCUGGGGAAUGUUUCCUGGCCCAGCUGGGCAGGAAAUGCCUGGCUGCAGAGCUGCAGGGGGCCACUGCUCAGAG